ACUACUACGUAUAUGAAUUGCUAAAAAAAACCUUUUAAUUUAAACUAACCGUGCAAAAUAAAAAAAUACAUGAAAGUGGACCCCAGUUGACACCGUCUUUUUCAGUCCCACUGUAACUAACAAACACUCAUCUCAUUUCUCUCUCCUCUUCCCUUUCAAUCCAACCUACUCACUCACUCAUCUUCUUCAAAUGCUACUGUUUUCGCUUCAAUUUCAAUCCCAAUCUCAAUUUCUAGGGUUUUGUUUAUGAUUCUCUAUCAAUCAAUCAAUCAAUCUAUUACGAUGCUUUCUCUCUCUUCAAUUUCCUUAAUCUUUCUCAAUAUUUCUGCAAUUUUUUUCCAGUUUUGCAAUGCUCGAGUUUUCACCUUUGAAAUGCAUCAUAGAUACUCAGAACAAGUAAAGAUUUGGUCGCAGAAGAACUACAAUCAUCCUCGUUAUCAUCAUAGUCCUCAUUAUUAUCAUCAUCUUCAUCAUCAUUGGCCUAAGAAAGGCUCCUUUGAGUAUUAUUCUGAUUUAGCGCAGCGUGAUCGCUUUCUUCGGGGUCGCAAGAUGUCUCAACUUGAUGAACCUGUUACUUUUUCUGAUGGAAAUUCUACUUUUCGAAUUAGUUCUUUGGGAUUUUUGCACUAUACAACGGUGACGUUGGGGACACCGGGAGUGAAGUUUUUGGUGGCGUUGGAUACAGGGAGUGAUCUGUUUUGGGUGCCUUGUGAUUGUUCAAGAUGUGCUCCACUUGAGGGUGCAAGUUAUGCUUAUGAUCCUGAUUUUGAGCUUAGCAUAUACAACCCUAAAGCGUCAUCCACUAGCACGAAAGUCUCAUGCAAUGAUACCUUGUGUCUACACCAUAACAACUGCUUGGGAUCAUUCAGUCAUUGCCCUUACGUAAUCUCCUAUGUCUCUGCUGAGACAUCGACCUCUGGAAUAUUAGUGGAGGAUGUUAUGCACUUGACAACAGAAGAACACCAUCCGGAAUCGGUUGAGGCUUACAUCACAUUUGGUUGUGGACAAGUUCAGACCGGUUCAUUUCUUGAUGUAGCAGCUCCCAAUGGUUUAUUUGGACUGGGUAUGGAGAACAUAUCAGUGCCCAGCAUACUGUCCAGGAAAGGUUUUAUCGCAAAUUCUUUCUCCAUGUGUUUUGGUCGUGAUGGAGUUGGAAGAAUAAGCUUUGGUGACAAAGGUAGCCCUGACCAGAAGGAAACUCCAUUUAAUGUAAAUCCCUUACACCCUAGCUACAACAUAACUCUAACUCAAAUUCAAGUAGGAACAGCCCUCAAUGACGUGGAAUUCACUGCUCUUUUUGACUCUGGGACAUCUUUUACAUAUCUUGUCGAUCCCUUUUAUACAAACCUGGCUAGAAAUUUUGAUUUACAAAUUAAAGAUAAGAGGCGUCCUGCUGAUUCCAGACUCCCUUUUGAGUAUUGUUAUGAUAUGAGACCAGAUGCAAAUACAAGCUUGGUACCCACUGUGAGUUUUUCUAUGGAAGGGGGUGGCCAAUAUAGGAUUUAUGAUCCCAUCAUUGUCAUUUCAACCCAGAUUGAACUUGUGUAUUGUCUUGCUGUUGUCAAGAGUAAAGAGCUCAGUAUUAUUGGACAAAACUUCAUGACUGGCUAUCGUGUAGUAUUUGAUCGUGAAAAUAUGGUGUUGGGAUGGAAGGCAGCAAACUGUAACGAAGCACUGGAGUCAAGCAUGCUGCCUAUAAGUCCUGAGAGUCCCCAUCCAGUUCCUCCAAUAUCUUCCAUUGAACCUCAAGCCGUACAACAAAAUGGUUCUCAUAUUUCCGCGGCAUCAUCAACUUUGAGACAUAAUUUAUCUCAUUUUAACUUCUGGACUAACACACUCAUACUGUCCUUGCUUCUAGUCUUAUCAAUUCGUUGGUAAAUUCGUUUCCCACGGGAGUGCCUGAUAGUCUUAGAUUAUUAUUGAUUGGUUUAUGCAUUACAUUUGGAAGGCAUAGAUCAUGACAUAUCACAUAUUCGAGCCAGCCCGUCACCCAUUUCUAGCUUUAGUUCCAGUUUUGUUUAGGCCCUGAAUUAUUUUUCCCCUAGGCCAUUUUUUGAGCCUGGUAUUGUAUAAGGUAUAUAUAAUUUAGUUACAGAAAUUGCAUUGUAUAUCAUCAUAUAAUGUGCUAUUUGCACACCUAUAGUAUCAGAUUUUGCCACUCUA